AUGGCUGUCCACUACUUCACACUCGUGGGCGAAGAACGAGCACUAGCCAACAACCACCUUCGUGAAGGCAUGGGUUUGUCCAACACCUUUGUUAGCCCCGAUCGUACAGUCCACAAGAAAUUCACGAGGCAAGCUCGGGAGCUGAUAAAGACACCGCAGACACGCGGAUGGACCGCUUUUCGUGACUUGACCACACAAGCUAUUCAUGCUGAACUAGCGGAUUCAGAAAGUGGAGCUCAAGGAAGAUUGUUCGACAGAUUCGUGCAGUGUGUUACACUGCGCGUUGUGCUGGUGGGUAUCAUGGGUGUCCACACUGCUGUGGAUAGCUUGGACAGUGAGAGUAUCGUCGUCGUCGUGGAAGGUAUCACCAAGCUUUGGUCACUAUCGAAAAACCCAGGCCCAAGUUCACGCAAGCUCCAAGUGGAAUUGAAGUAUCAUAUGCGGCGGCUCGUCCCAGACGAAGACACGUUCCCGAACCCAUUGGAUUUUGUUGUUCCGGCUUGGGAAACCUUAUGGAGAGUCGUGGCAACUGCAAUCGCGUAUACGCAUGACAAUCCACGUUUGAAGGAACUGUUUUUGGAGAUGUAUGUGGACCCAAAGGAGGAGGUGUUUAGAGCGGAGGGGAUGGACGGGCCCCCUUCACGGCACAUCAGCCGUAUGCAACCACGCUUGAGUUGGGUACCUGGCGUGCUCCUGAAUGCGAUGGAGCAUCUCUGGCCGGGCACCCAAUUCCAGCGAGGUUAUGCAGAUGUCGAGGAAAUACAGAGGAGCAGCGUGUGGGGUGACGAUGCACAUGUGUUUGAUCCCGCUCGGCAUUCGACAGGUCGACUUUGGGAGGGUCAGGCAGAGGUUAUGUCUUUCUUGUUUGGGUAUGUGCGUCGAUCUUUGACUUUCUUGAGGGUGGAGAGUACACUUUGGUACCGGGACCGAAAAUUGGUGCUAGAGAGGGCUGGAGGGGGUGGAGGAUUGAAAGUUCAUCUUGUGGGCGGAGCAUAUCAAGUGCUGAAAAGUAGUCUCGUUCCCAUCUGGACCGCACACUCUAUAGCGGAUGGGUACGAGACUACUGAGAAGCAAAGCGAAAGUUUAAAAAUUCUCCCAACUGCACCGUACGCCGUCUUGCGCCUGGCGUAUUCGGGAUUCGAAGCUUUGGGUUCGGUCGACAUCACUCGCCGACCUUUCGAGUCCGUCGAAGUGAACAACUCGUCUGGGACGCGCGGCACAACCUUGCCAAGAUUCAUUGAAGGUAUCUUCAACCGUCUUGCCAUGCUUGAAGGCAGCGUGGCGGAAGGCAGGCUCUUCAGCGUCGGUGUCGACCAGAACGGAGAUGAACUUUUCAGCCUGAGCGAGUUUAUCCAUCAACACAACGAGCUGGUAUUGAACAGCAGUGCUAAGCGCCACGGCGAUUGGAGUAGGAGCAAUAUAUUUUAUGUAGACCAAGAAGUACGAAUGAGCUAUCCCGUCCCCCCUCCAGCUUACGGUCCAACGGGCCAAAAGAACUUCUAUUCUGGAGAAAAUGACUCCAGAGAUCCCUUGUUGACAGGAUCCAGUCGCAAUGCUGCCUCUGGAGGUGCAAUUUACGAUCAACCAGCCCAUGACGACCUUCCAGACGAUUUCAAGGUACACACACCCAGCUUCCUACAUCCUUUUG